AUGGAGAGACACUGGACACCUCGCUUCAACGACGGUAGGCCGGAAGGAUCUAACAGUGAGAUAUGCGUGGAAGCACAGCACCCCUGGCUUGCAGACGCAGACAUUUUGUUCUGGGAUCGUCCCGCCAUGCAGUUGCGAGGUCGAUGGAUUUUCAGCUGGGGCUUAGGCUUCGCCGCUUGUGGCUUGCUUGGUGCCUUGAUGCCAGCUGUCCGGCAGCACUUUCUUCGCUUACUGAAGCGCGGCAAACGGCGACGGAGAUGCGACCAUCAGGAGGUGUUGGAUAAGGUUCCGUCAAUACGCUUGCGCUAUGGACUAAGCACGCGGGGGUUUCUUCCCCUUUGUUGCAUGAAGCGGCUUCCCAGUGAAUUUCAAGACUGGGAGAGACUGGCCGAUGAAUUGCCGGAUCUGAAUCGCGCCGGCCGGUUGAAGGAAGCAGUGGAUGGAUUGCCUCGCAUGGACCUUAAAUGCUUCGAGGGCGCAGGAAAAGAGCUGCUGCAGCGGGCAUUUCUGCUUUUGGGUGCACUCGCCCAUUCCUAUUCGCAUGGCCAUGAAGUUCCCUGGCAUCUAGUCGGCGACCGGGGGCGGGGAACCCUCACCAACACCGCACUGAAAUUGUCGAGUUGCUUGCCAGCUCAAUUAGCUGAGCCAUGGCUGGAGGUCUCUUCUCGGUUGGGUGUGCCCCCUGUGCUGACGGCUGCCGCCACAGACCUUUGGAAUUGGCGCUUGCGUGACUCUGCUGGCCCUUUCACGCCCGAGAACCUUGAGCAGGGCAUUUCCUUGACAGGCACCGACACUGAAAGAGCUUUCCAUAUGGUGCCAUGUGCCAUGCAGGCUGCGGCAGCUGAGGUGGUGCCGAAGAUUUUCUUGGCUGACAUCUUGGUGAGGGGUGCGUGUGAUGAACAGCUCGCAAGCCUUCUGCGCGAGGUGGCGGAUGUCCUCCUUGAGUUUCAGCACUUCUUCCGGCAGAUCGCAGGUACUGUGGACAAAGACCUGUUCUAUGACGUUUAUCGGCCAUUGCUCAACGGAUUUCAUCCCAGCGGCCUGAAGAUGGAAGUGUCAGAGGCAGCAGCAGACCUGCUGACGAGGCCCGUGGCCUGUGUAACGAAAGCCAUCGAAGGUGGAGGAUUGCUGAAUAAGAGCAAGGGCCCCAGCGCUGGACAAAGCACCAUUAUCCUUUUGCUGGACAGCUUCUUGGCAAUCUCCCACUCCGAAUCAGGCGUUGCUUUCCAGGAAGAGAUGCUGUCCUACAUGCCUGCAGAGCACCGGCAGAUGGUGUUGGACUUUCGGCAGCGCUGGCGUGACUUGGACUCCCUCCCAAUGGUCAUAGGACAGCGGAAGGUGCAUGAUCUUGAAGAGGCCUAUGGCGAGUGUGUGAAGGCCUUCAGCGGCCUUCGUCGCCUGCACCUUUCCACCGUCACAAGCUACUUGUUGCGAACAAACACCGGAACGGGUGCAACGACUUGGCGAUCGCUCUUGCAGAGCAUGCUUACUGUCCGCUACCCGACAGAAGCUGAAGUCCGGUUCUGCUCUGCUACACAUACGGUCAUGGAGCAGCUUCAGAUUCAGCUUUGGGGUGCUUUUCUCAUCAUCCUCUGGUCCUUCUCGGUGUCGCUGGCCUUCUUCUCAUUCUGCGCCUUCUCAGAGCGCCUGAGAGGGCGCGAGUUGAGUCACGUGCGAGAGCUCCAGGAGUUGCUGGCCCCGAUCUCCAUGGCUACUCCUCAGGCCGUGGAUGAGACACUCAUUGGUCUUCGACUAGCUGCACUGGCUGAGAAAUCAUCCCUGGUCAGAUGUACGCUAAAGCGGCGAGGAUGGACCCAUGGCCUGCCCAAGGGUGCCAUGGCACACCAUGGCUUGGAUGUCUCUGGCAGCGGCCAGCAUGACACUUGCUGGUCGCUGCCAGGGGGAUGUCCGCUGGGCCUUGUGAUGGCGGAUGGGCACGAUGUGCCACAACCAGUGGCUUACAGGGGAAGUGCCGCUCCGGAGCCGAAGCGUCCGAAGACAUUCCGGCCGCAGAAGCCCACCACACAGAGAGCUGUGGAAAAGUCGAGCCUUGCCUCCGUGGGCCCGGAGGAGUCUGUUGGCCACAUGCUCCAUGCAGCUGCGCGGCGCCAGAGUGUUGAGUUUCAAUCAGGCCGUGCGCGAGAUGUCCCACAGACAGCGGAGCGCUUCCACGGCAUGUCCCUGAAGAGCUUCGGGCUGACCUCGAGCCUGGGCGGGGCAGCGCCGCGGAAGAGCAAGGAGCGCAAGGAUGGCAAGUCCAUGGACCUCAUGGACCUCGCCUUCUCCGGAGGCAUGCAGAUGUGGAAUGGCGAGCCGAUGCCCAGUUACGCACCGAUAUCUCUUCCUUAUUUCGAUGUGGAGGAGGAAGGCUCUGGCGCAAUUGUCCAGGACUCCACCGAAAACAAAACGAGGCCGAAGCUCGUCCACAUAGACGAGGCAAACUCGAAGGCUGCAGAGAAGCUGCUCGGGCCCAACCAGGAGCUGCUGGAGGACAGCUACUUUCUGCUGCAGAUGCCGUGUGUCCUGCCGGAGAUGAGCAAGCCAGAAGACGAGCUCUUCCGAGAGGCAGAGGAUGCGGCAUCAGCUGGAUCAGGUGCAACCAUCACCCGCCUGCCAGAUGGCAAGCUGGGAAAGCUUCGUGUUUACAAGUCUGGUAAGGUGAAGAUGGAGAUCGGCGGCAUCUCCUUCUGCGUCGACCAGGGCUGUGAAACCUUCUUCCAGCAGGACCUGGCACUUGUCUGCCCUUUGGCCGGCGAGUUCUUCAACCUGGGGCGUCUAAACAGCAGGAUGGUGCUGACACCAGAUCUCGAUGCAAUCCUGGCGCAAGUUCCCGAGAUGCUUAGCCAAUCAGAGGAGACGCCGGUCCUAGAGCAGGCGCCGAAAAAGGAGCCUGCAGCCGUACCUGCUCAGCUGCCGGUGUUUCCUGCUGCACGCGGGAAGGGGCGUGGAAAAGGUUCUCGCGCCGCUUGGAGGACCGGCUUGACCACGACGAUGCUACUGUGCACCGUGCACACCAACCUGCCAGACGUGGCAGAGCUGCAGGCAGACCUCGCGGUGCUCACCACGGGCUGGCGACAAAGCGCACUGGAAGUCGAUGCGAGUUGCGUGAUGGAGGCAGCGGUGACGGCAGCGUUUGCCUGCCGCCCAUUGCGAGCGCUGGCCCAGCUGCGACUGCGCAUUCACCCUGCUGCAGAGCUGUCGGGGCUUGGAGCCCUCAAGGCAGAAGGUGGGAAGCUCUACCAUGCUUUGAGCGCUGCUGCGAACCAGAUUGCGGAGCUCCGUGCAGAGCACCGGUACGUUCAUUCUCCUCUGAAGCGGAAUGUGAAGGAGCUGUCGCUCCUGGUGAAGAGCCAGGAUAUCCUUUUGCGCGCCCUCACAAGGAAGCAUUCGCCGAGGCGGACGAGCACACUGCAAUCUGUGGCAGAGGAGGAUGAGAGAUCGCAGCGAAGCUCCCAAAGCUCCAGCAACAACACGCCGACCAAGCCGCGGCCGCGUCCCGAGCCGACGACGCCGCCCGCCGAGGAAGCAGAAGCUGCAGCGACACCCCAGUCUCCAGCGCAGUCCAGCGCCGAACCGUUUCCACUCCACGUGGUUAGCAUUCGAAGCAACAGCACUGUCUCGGACGCCAGCCUCGGAGCUCUGAGUGCGCCGCAAUCCGCGACAGGCUCGACGCCCAGGCCCACCAUCUUGGGUCGGGAAUCCCGAGAUUCCAGGACCCGGUCCAGUGAUGCCAGCGAUGUCGCCGACCAGCUUACCACUCUGGUCUGCCGACCGGCCCUUUGCUGGCUUGGGCCGCAGGGCAUAAACGAUAAUUGGACUCAGUCGAUUCCAAAGCGAACUGUGAACUGGGAUUCUCAGCGAAUGGGCCACCGCCGCCGCAGUAGUGCCUGGCCAUUCCUGGCUGCAUCGGUGCUUUUUGGAUCGACUUGCUCACCCCGAACAGCGGUGCCUGCUGGUGGUGGCUUCGUGGAUGCAAGGACGCACGAUUGCAAUCGGCAUGGAUGCGGCGAGGUGCGCUUCAAGCUCGAACGACAGAGGGGGCUUUACCGGAGUUAUCCAUGGGAAGCCUGGGACCCGCUGCCGGGCAGCUGCGCGCGGUCCCCUCGCGUGGGGCGAGUCGUGGUGUCGGGCUGGCCUAGCAGAUUGCCAAGUCAACUGCCGGGUAAAGCUUUGGAGGAAGUUCUUAAAUGCUUAGCAGAAGCGGCGCAGCAUGGCGAGCUACGAGAAGAUGGCGCCGUUCCAGGUGCUCUCCCUGUCCAGCCACGCCUUCGAGAGUUUCAGGAGGCAGCGGCUGGCUCAUCCAAGCUCUCCAAGUUCCUUCUCUCUGAGGAUUUGGGGAGUUCGGCACUUGCGAGAUUGUCGUUUGCUCCGGACGGCUGGCGUAUGACGCAAGCGAACGCGUGUUUCUGUGGCCACAUUUUGACGAUCGGUGUAGGCGAUGGA